AUGAAUGUUAUACCAUCCAUUGAAAAGGGUAAAGAGGAGGAAACAAAUAGUAUACCAUACAACCAAAUACAACAACAGCAACAACAACGACAACAACAACAAACAAAAGGAGUGAUAGUAAAAGAAGACUCUGAGGAAGGAGGAGAAUAUGAAAAUGGUGGAGAUGAAGAAUCCUUAUUAAUAAACCACAAAAAUAAUAAUAAUAAUAAUAAUAAUAAUGGUUCAUCAGAUAAUUCAGAUUCAGAUUCAGAUUCAGAUACAGAUUCAGAGAAUGAAACAUUUAUAUGUGUUUGUACAUCAUGUUAUAAGAAACCAGAAGUUAAACCAAUUGAUAGGAAGAAAGGAUUUGUGUCAUUAUUUUGGGUAAUAAUAUGGAUUGGAUUGAAUAUGUUAUUAUUUUUUGUAAAUAAAUAUUUAGAUGAUAGGAAUCCACCAUUUGUAUUCCCGAUAUUCGUUAUUAUGACAGGUACAUUUUCAACAUUUUUUGGAAGUUGUAUAGCGGUGUUUAUAUUCAAGAUAUCGGAUUUCCCAAUCAAGGAAUUACGACAACAUAAACUAUUGUUAUUAGUAUGCUCAGUAUUUCAAGCCAUUUCAUAUGUAAUGGAGAAUGUCAGUAUCGAUCAAAUGUCAAUUCCAUUGAAUCAAGUCAUUAAGGCGACAGGACCAGCUUUCAUCAUUAUUCUCUCUUUUAUACUCUAUAGGAAAACUUACCCUUUCUCAAUUCUAUUGUGUACAUUUAUCAUCAUCAUUGGUGUUGUCAUUACCAUUUUCACAAGUCCACAGAUUAAAAUCAUUGGUUUCCUCUAUGCAUUUGGUUCAAUCAUUUUCGCCUCAAUUCAAACUGUACUCAUUGCAAAAUUGGUUAAAAAUCCAAAAUUAAAUGCAUUAUCCUUAUUAGUUGCAACCUCUUUACCAUCUGCUUUAGUUUGUUUACCAAUUUUCUUCAUUUUUGAAUUUAAAGAAAUGAAACAAUAUAAUGGACCAACUACAAUACCAAUUAUAUCAGUUAUUGGUUUAGCUAUUUCAGCAUGUUUUUAUAAUCUUGCACAUUUUUAUAUUGUACAAUUUACAUCAGCUUUAUAUUAUGUUAUCAUUGGUAAUGUAAAGGUUGUAUUAGUAAUCAUCAUUUCAUCAUUAGUAUUUGCAAAUGGAUUCACUCCAUUAAAUUAUUUAGGUGCAGUUGUUACAAUGAUUGGUUUCAUACUUUAUAAUGUUUUCAAGUAUUAUGAAAAUAUUGGUAAAAAUCCACCUUUUAUAACACCAUUUAUAAAUUGUUUUAUCAAAUGUGGUUGUUGUCAAAAGAUUAAACCAAAGAAAUCAAAAAGAAAUAAGAAUAAAACAAAUGAUUAUAAUUAUUAUGACAAUGAAAGUGAUAACGAAAAUGAAAAUAACAAUACCAAAAAUCAGGAUAAUAAAAAUAAAAAUAAAAAAGAAAUCGAAAAAGAAAACAUAAAUAAAACCAUCAAUGGUGAUUAA